GAGACAGCCAUGCAUAAGGAGGAAUUUCAUCUGAAAUUUUUCAUGUGUGUGAUUCAAUCUCGCGGGUUAGUCAGGACUCCUCAGAGCACAGGGGGAGAAGCUUCAACUUCCAGCAUGCUCAUACAAAAGCCACCACCUGAGAUAGACAACAUGAAGUAUCUACAUGCUACGGAUGGUCCAGACACUGUGGAAGGCAUACCUAUUUUGAAAACUGAGUGGAUCAUGACCCAUGAAGAGCACCAUGCAGCCAAAACCCUGGGGAUUGGCAAAGCCAUCGCCGUGUUAACCUCUGGUGGAGAUGCCCAAGGUAUGAAUGCUGCUGUCAGGGCUGUGGUUCGAGUUGGUAUCUUUACUGGUGCCCGUGUGUUCUUUGUCCAUGAGGGUUAUCAAGGCCUGGUGGAUGGUGGAGAUAACAUCAGGGAAGCCACCUGGGAGAGUGUUUCGAUGAUGCUUCAGCUGGGAGGCACAGUCAUUGGAAGUGCCCGGUGCAAGGACUUCCGUGAACGAGAGGGACGACUCCGCGCUGCCCACAACCUGGUGAAGCGUGGGAUUACUAAUCUGUGUGUCAUCGGGGGUGAUGGCAGCCUCACUGGGGCUGACACCUUCCGUUCUGAGUGGAGUGACUUACUGAGUGACCUCCAGAAAGCGGGUAAGAUCACAGCGGAGGAGGCUACGAAGUCCAGCUAUCUGAAUAUCGUGGGUUUGGUGGGCUCAAUUGACAAUGACUUUUGUGGCACUGAUAUGACCAUUGGCACUGAUUCCGCCCUGCACCGGAUCAUAGAGAUUGUGGACGCCAUCACCACCACUGCUCAGAGCCACCAGAGGACGUUUGUGCUAGAAGUGAUGGGCCGGCACUGUGGAUACCUGGCCCUUGUCACCUCUCUCUCCUGUGGGGCUGACUGGGUUUUUAUUCCUGAGUGUCCACCGGAUGACGACUGGGAGGAACAUCUUUGUCGCCGGCUCAGCGAGACAAGGACCCGUGGUUCUCGUCUCAACAUCAUCAUUGUGGCUGAGGGUGCCAUCGACAAGACUGGGAAACCCAUAACCUCAGAAGACAUCAAGAAUCUGGUGGUGAAGCGUCUGGGAUAUGACACCCGGGUCACUGUCUUGGGGCAUGUGCAGCGGGGUGGGACACCAUCAGCCUUUGACCGGAUCCUGGGCAGCAGGAUGGGUGUGGAGGCAGUGAUGGCACUUUUGGAAGGGACUCCAGACACCCCAGCCUGUGUGGUGAGCCUCUCUGGGAACCAGGCUGUGCGCCUGCCCCUCAUGGAGUGUGUCCAAAUGACCAAAGAUGUGACCAAGGCCAUGAACGACAGGAAAUUUGAUGAAGCCAUGAAGCUGAGAGGCCGGAGCUUCAUGAACAACUGGGAAGUGUACAAGCUUCUGGCUCAUGUCAGACCCCCAGUCUCUAAGGGACCGAGUAGCAUACACACAGUGGCCGUGAUGAACGUGGGGGCCCCAGCCGCAGGCAUGAACGCUGCCGUCCGUUCCACCGUGAGGAUUGGCCUCAUCCAGGGCAACCGGGUGCUGGUUGUACAUGAUGGCUUCGAGGGCCUGGCCAAGGGUCAGAUCGAGGAAGCUGGCUGGAGCUAUGUUGGGGGCUGGACUGGCCAAGGUGGUUCCAAACUUGGGACUAAAAGGACUCUACCCAAGAAGAGCUUUGAGCAGAUCAGUGCCAACAUCACUAAGUUUAACAUUCAGGGCCUUGUCAUCAUUGGGGGCUUUGAGGCUUACACAGGGGGCCUGGAACUGAUGGAGGGCAGGAAGCUGUUUGACGAGCUGUGCAUCCCGUUUGUGGUCAUCCCCGCGACGGUCUCCAACAACGUCCCCGGCUCGGACUUCAGCGUGGGGGCUGACACAGCACUCAAUACUAUCUGCACGACCUGUGACCGCAUCAAGCAGUCAGCGGCAGGCACCAAGCGUCGGGUGUUUAUCAUCGAAACGAUGGGUGGCUACUGUGGCUACCUGGCCACCAUGGCAGGACUGGCAGCUGGGGCCGAUGCUGCCUACAUUUUUGAGGAGCCCUUCACCAUUCGGGACCUGCAGGCAAAUGUUGAACAUCUGGUGCAUAAGAUGAAAACCACUGUGAAAAGGGGCUUGGUGUUAAGGAAUGAGAAGUGCAAUGAGAACUAUACCACGGACUUCAUCUUCAACCUGUACUCUGAGGAGGGGAAGGGCAUAUUUGACAGCAGGAAGAAUGUGCUUGGGCACAUGCAGCAGACUUUUGCCAAAUGUCCCCUGGGGGGCAAAAUCAUCUCCAGUUGAGAACCACUAAUUCAGAUGAAGAAAAUGAGGCCCAGACGGGAGAAACAACUUUUUUAGGGCCGCUCAUCAAGCUUGGGUGAGAGCCAGAAUGCACUGCAGUGCUCUUCCCAGCAUGCCAUGCUGCCUUCCUGUGCAAGAAGUACAGCCACCUUGCUGGUGUUGGGCUCUGUCUGCACUAACCGGGGUUUUCGGGGGAAACGAAUUCCCUUCUGCUAUCCACAUUCAAUCCCCACCUACGGCAGGCCUCGCUCACAGACGGUACCAGUGGUCUUAGGCCUCCCCAUCCCAAAUGUCCCCAGCUGAUACUGCUUAAGUAUGGACCUUUGACCGUUGUCUACCUACCUAUGAAUUCCCAGUAUCCUCAACUUGAAUGAGCUUAUUAGCCCCUGCAGGAAUGGGAUCUAACUGGAUAAAGCAUGGCGAUCUAUUCCCCACUUUCCCACCUCCUUUCACUUAGUUCAGAGAAAAUCUGCAUGAUGUUUUAUAUUAUUCUGAGGUGCUACCAAGGACAUCUAUGUUGGUUCACAAGGAACACUUCUGUCGAUGAUGGUGACUGACAAAAGCUGCUAGGCUGAAGAGGGGCAAGGAGGCGACUGGCCAAUCAGACUGGAAGUGAAUGAACAGGAUCUGGCAGCUGUGAGACCAGGUCCCCCCAUAUCUAAUUAGUUACUCUUACCCCUGGUAAAUGGCCAAAUAAGCUGUGCCAGCUCACUCUGUUCUCAGCGCUGUCUCAGGAUUUCCUUCAUGGUUAGACUUCUGGAUUCCUGUUUCCAGCUGCAAACCUGGGGCCUGUUCUUUCCUUUUUUCUGUGUGUAUUCAGGUAUCUCUGCCACUUCAUUAGAGUCCUUCCCGC